AACCUGUGACCUGUCCACUAUCCAAAAUCCGCUAAAAUUUGCUGGGUUUUCGUCUCUGUAGAGAAACAGCCAGGAAGUCUGCUUUUUCAAUCCUUCUAGAAUUCCCUUUUGCAUUUCUUGUAUUGUUUCCCAAUCAAGAGCCCUGCUGUUGCGUGCGUAUAUAAACACCCGCGAUUCCCGUUCAGAAUUUCCCACAGAAAUUAGAAAUCAGCUUCCGUUCUUGCUUCGAAUUGUACACUUUUUUUUUUUUUUUUUCCUGAAUUUGCAUUUGAUUUUGGAGUGUGGGUAUUGAGAGUUCAAUGGAGGGGAAGAAAAGGGUAGUGGUUGUUGGCGGAGGAGUUGCCGGCUCUCUUCUCGCGUAUACCCUUCAGAACUAUUGCGACGUUGUCCUCAUUGAUUCGAAGGAGUAUUUCGAGAUUACCUGGGCGAGCUUAAGGUCGAUGGUUGAACCAUCAUUUGCGAAAAGAUCAGUGAUUAACCACCACGAGUACCUUCAUAAUGCACGCAUUGUUUCAUCUCCCGCUGUUGACAUCACAGACAGUGAAGUGUUGACAGCACAAGGCCGCUUAAUUGCAUAUGAUUAUCUUGUUGUUGCGACAGGUCAUAUGGAAGAUGGUCCUGUUACAACACAAGAGAGGCUCGAUUUCUACCAAACAGAGCAUGAAAAGAUCAAAUCUGCUAAUUCUGUCCUGAUAGUUGGAGGAGGGCCAACAGGUGUAGAACUUGCUGGUGAAAUAGCUGUGGACUUUCCCGAUAAGAAGGUGAUACUUGUGCAUCGGGGAUCAAGGUUACUUGAUUUCCUCGGAGAAAAGGCUGGCAAAAAGGCACUUGAUUGGUUAGUUUCAAAGAAUGUUGAGGUCAUCAUGGGGCAGUCCGUUGAAUUGAACUCUGCCUCUAAUGGUGUGUAUCGGUUAUCUGGUGGAGAAACUGUUGUUGCCGAUUGCCAUUUUCUCUGCACUGGUAAGCCAUUUGGUACAUCGUGGCUAAACAAUACCAUUUUGAAAGAUAGCUUUGACGUUCAUGGAAAGCUAGUAGUCGAUUCCAACUUGAGGGUCGAGGGUCACAACAAUAUCUUCGCCAUUGGAGACAUUGUUAAUACCAAAGAACUCAAACAAGGAUUUCUAGCUCAAGCGCAGGCAUCAGUGGCUGCCAAGAACUUGAAGUCGUUGAUAUUCGGAGCAAGGGAACAGAAACUGGCUAAAUAUAAGCCCAUGGGCUCAGCCAUGGCUAUAGUUUCUCUAGGGAGACGAGAAGCCGUGAUGCAGGUGAAGUGUGUGACAUUGGCCGGACGUAUUCCGGGAAUGAUAAAGUCGAGUGACUUGUUUGUUGGGAAGACGAGGAAACAACUUGGCCUAAAAUCUAACUAAGCCUUCUUAGUCUUUGCACAGUUGUUACAUUGUAGCUGCAUUUAGGGGAGGAUUGUGUUGUUGGGUGGUUUGUUUUGUUUCAUUUUCUGUUAAUGAAAGAUUUCGACAAUGGUAAAUGGCAUGAGAAUAUGUGUUUGGGAGAAUUG